CGCAGAAUACUAAUGUUCGAAUAUUUUUUAACAGCUUGUCAGGAAUACCAGCAUUUUUUUCAAAAUCUCCGCAAAGAAUGGCAGCAUUGGAGAAUACUGCGGGCAGUCGAAUUCCAAGGCCUUCUGCAACACGUUGGAAUUUCAAGAGCAGAACAGUUAAUGCUGUGCAGGAGAUGAAAGAUGCACUGAUUGAGUGUUGCACUAUUCUAGAAGCAUCUAACUCAAGAGAUACUGGAUCUGCAGCAGCGGGUAUCAAGAGGAUCCUGAGUGAUCCUGAAUUCGAGUUUUGGUUGGAAUUUUUUUCCAAAGUGAUGCAUCACGUUGACAUCAUGUUUUCUCAGCUUCAGUCUAGAAAUAUUAAUGCAGUUGAGACUAAUGCCUCUUUAACAGCUUUUGCCUCUUCAGUUCAGAAAUUAAGAGAUGAAUGUGAUGCUUCCACAAUGCCUUCUGAACCAAAGAGAAGAAAAUUUAAUACAAAUAAAGCAGUUGCUGCAAAAGAGGUUUGUGACGUAAUUUUAUUGCAAUGUAGAAUGAGAUUCAGUUUCACGAAUCAUUUGGAAGCUAGCCAGUUACUACUAGCGAGUAAUUUUUCAACAUAUACUGAAAACUUCCCUAGUGAUGCACUUGAGCAUGCAGUUGCAGCCUAUCCCAUGCUCAAAAAAGAUAAAUUGAGAACUGAACUCUCUGUACUGUAUUCAAGAGUAGAUUUUUGCAAAUCAGAAAAACUUAUUGCCUUGCUAGAGAUGAUAAAUGACAAUCAUCUGCAGUCAACAUUUUCAGAAACUGUCAAGCUGUUAAAAAUUUUAAUAACAACUCCAAUGACAACAGCAGAAGCAGAUAGAUGUUUUUCAACCUUGAAAAGAAUAAACAAAUUUUUGUGCAGUACAAUGGUGAAUGAAAAAUUAACUGCUCUAGCAAUGAUAUCAAUUGAAAACAUGAUGAUAACAGAAAUGAAAGAUUUUAAUGAAAAAGUUAUAAACCAUUUUGCGACGUCAAAAAAUCGACACUCGGAUUUUGUUUUCAAAUAGUUGUAACAUCAUCAGGUUAGCUAGCCACGUCUCCACCAGCAGGACUGUGACAACAUUUACGGGCAAGUCUUGAUGUGUACCAGAUGUCUGGAGAGGAAACUUGAAAUAAUAGUUUGAACCUUGGUAAUUGAUACAACAGAUUGGUUUAAAUAAUGUGAGCAAACACCAGGACAUAUAUACAGCCUCCCCUCACUUAA